UCUCGGCGCUUCCCUCUUCCCUCCGGCCCUUGGCGCUGGCAGCCCCCGAGAGCCGAGCCAGAGGCGCCCGGGAGCUCGAGGUGGAGCACGAGUCGCAGAGACGUGGACACAGGGAGGCCUGAGCCGGCGUGCGCCACUCGGGGCCGCGGCGACGCCUCCCUGCCACCCGCCUGUCCGCCGUGGAGCUGGAAGCGGGCUCCCGCCGGCCGAGACAGGUGGGCUGCGUGGCCCUGGAAGCCCCUUGUCAACGGCUCGGGCGACACCUUCCUCCAGCCCGGUGGGCUUAAAGAAAUGAAGGCUUAAGGACGAGUCGCCUGCCGCAGUAGACAGACAUGGGCUCCAACAGCAGCAGAAUCGGCGAUCUGCCUAAGAACGAGUACUUGGCCAAGCUCUCAGGCACCGAGUCUGUCUCAGAGAAUGACCCGUUCUGGAACCAGCUCUUCUCAUUUUCUUUCCCCGCACCCACCAGCAGUACAGAGACGAAGCUGUUGGAGGAGGCAACCAUCACCGUCUGCAGAUCUCUAGUCGAAAACAAUCCUCGAACAGGGAACCUCGCAGCACUGAUUAAGGUCUUCCUUUCUAGAACCAAAGAGCUGAAACUUUCCGCAGAAUGCCAGAACCACAUUUUCAUCUGGCAGACCCACAAUGCUCUGUUCAUUAUUUGCUGUUUGCUGAAAGCCUUCAUCUGUGAGAUGACUGAAGAGGAAUUGCAGGUUCAUUUUACUUACGAAGAAAAGCCUCCUGGCAGUUACAGUACUGACUCAGAAGACCUUUUGGAAGAAUUGAUCUGCUGUUUGAUGGAGCUAAUCACUGAUAUUCCACUCUUAGAUAUCACAUAUGAAAUAUCAGUAGAAGCGGUAUCAACCAUGGUGGUUUUUCUUUCCUGCCAACUCUUCCACAAAGAAGUUUUACGACACAGCAUCAGUCACAAGUAUUUGAUGCAGGGCCGAUGCCUAUCCUACACCAGCAGACUUGUGAAAACCUUGUUGUAUAAUUUUAUCAGACAAGAGAAACCGCCUCCUCCGGGAGCCCAUGUUCUCCCCCAGCAGUCCGAUGGGGGAGGACUACUCUAUGGACUUGCGUCUGGAGUGGCAACUGGCCUCUGGACUGUCCUCACACUAGGCGGCGUAGGCAGCAAGCAGCAAACUCCAGAUCUUGCUUCACCUCUGGCCAACCAGAGCCUCCUGCUUCUGCUGGCGCUGGCCAACCUGACAGAUGCACCAGACGCACCAAACCCUUACAGACAGGCCAUCAUGUCCUUUAAGAACACGCAAGAUAGCAGUCCAUUCCCCUCAUCAAUUCCGCAUGCUUUCCAGAUUAACUUCAACAGCUUGUACACAGCUCUGUGUGAACAGCAGACGUCUGAUCAGGCCACUCUCCUCUUGUAUACAUUACUCCAUCAGAACAGUAAUAUUAGAACGUACAUGUUGGCUCGCACAGAUAUGGAAAAUCUUGUUUUGCCAAUUCUUGAGAUUCUCUAUCAUGUUGAAGAAAGAAAUUCACACCAUGUCUAUAUGGCGCUUAUAAUACUGUUGAUUCUGACGGAAGAUGAUGGCUUCAAUAGAUCCAUUCACGAAGUGAUAUUAAAAAAUAUUACUUGGUAUUCAGAACGGGUUUUAACCGAGAUCUCGUUGGGGAGUCUCCUGAUACUGGUCGUAAUAAGAACCAUUCAGUACAACAUGACCAGGACAAGAGACAAGUAUCUCCACACAAAUUGCUUGGCAGCUUUAGCAAAUAUGUCGGCCCAGUUUCGCUCUCUCCAUCAGUAUGCUGCCCAGAGGAUCAUCAGUUUGUUUUCUCUGCUGUCUAAGAAACACAACAAAGUUUUGGAACAAGCCACACAGUCGCUGAGAGGCUCACUGAGUUCCAGUGAUGUCCCGCUCCCAGAUUAUGCGCAAGACCUGAACGUCAUCGAAGAAGUGAUUCGGAUGAUGUUAGAGAUCAUCAAUUCCUGCCUGACAACUUCCCUGCACCACAACCCUAACCUGGUGUACGCACUGCUUUACAAGCGAGACCUCUUUGAACAAUUCCGGACUCACCCCUCCUUUCAGGAUAUCAUGCAAAAUAUUGAUCUGGUGAUCACCUUCUUCAGCUCGAGGCUGCUGCAGGCUGGAGCGGAGCUCUCCGUGGAACGGGUCCUGGAGAUCAUCAAGCAAGGGGUUGUCGCACUGCCCAAAGACAGGCUCAAGAAGUUUCCAGAACUGAAAUUCAAGUACGUGGAGGAGGAGCAGCCCGAGGAGUUCUUUAUCCCCUAUGUCUGGUCCCUGGUCUACAACUCCGCCACCGGCCUGUACUGGAACCCCCAGGACAUCCAGCUGUUCACGAUGGACUCUGACUGAGGGCCCCCCGGCCGCCACCCCACCUCCAAGCAGCCCCCCAGUGAUUUUCUCCCUGGGGACAGAAGCAGGCAGACACAGGGCCUGCUGUCUCUUCUGCUGCUGAGGAUGACAUGAAGCGUGCUUCCCCGCCACUCUGAGUGGGGAACCUGUGCCGUUGGCAGCCGAGCACCCAGCUUAGAGUGUAGAGCGAAAGGGGGCGUGGGCACCAGCCAGUAAUAAACCUGGAAACCUGC